UCUUACACUGACCACACACACACACACACACAUUUUUCCUUUCUUUUCUUUUUGUUUUGUUGUAAUCUGACCUUUUCCGGGUCAUCACAGUGGUAUGUAUGUACGCUCACACCGCCUCGGGUCAAUACGAGGCAGGCAGCGCGCUCUUCCGCGCAUGCGCCGUCUCCUAGGCGACACUCAAACGCUCUACUCGGCAGCGACCCGCCAGAUUAAGAAGAAGGAUUUCAAGCCUUUACGUCGAGUCAUCGUUCCUUUUCGGACGACACCAUGGAGAAAGAGCACAUGAAGGAGUCUCUGAAUGAAGAGCUGAGGAUCUGCAGUCCUGCUCACCCCCUGCCUCUGGAACUCCAGCAGAUGGAACAGGAGGAGACGACCUGUCGUUACUGCGGCGUGAGCUACCUGAUCCUGCACGAGUUCCAGCGGCUGCAGGAGCGCCUCAAGGAGGUGGAAAGAGAGCUGGAGAGAGAGCGAGGGAGUGUGGAGAGAGAGAGAGAGUGCAGAGAGCAGCUGCAGCGCUCACAGGUUCAGCGGGAGGAGCUCAGAGCAGCCAAUCAGCUUUACAAGGACAAGUGAGAGCGCUAUACACUCCUCUAUACACUCCUCUACACACUCCUCUACACACUAUAUACACUCCUAUAUAUACUUCUCUAUAUACUUCUCUAUAUAGUCUAUACACUCUUCUAUAUACUCCUCUAUAUAAUUCUCUAUAUACUCCUCUAUACACUCCUCUAUAUACUCCUCUAUACACUCCUCUAUAUAGUCUAUACACUCUUCUACACUCU